GAUAUUAUAAAAUUGAUGACAACAUACAAGAGAUCCAGGAAAAACAAAAGAAGUCUCUGUGUCAAGUAAUAUUUAUUGAUGACAAUGAUAAAACAUUGAGUAAAGAAGAACAGAAAGCACACUUCAUUCGACAUCAGAGGACCCAUUCAGGGGAGAAACUUCAAUGUGAAAAAUGUGGAAAAUCCUUUUGUACAAGUUCACACUCUAUUCAGAAUUCUGGAGCUUAUGUGGGAUUCAGACUUUAUGAAUGUAAUGAAUGUGAGCGAUCUUUCACCUUCACUUCAGGUCUAAGUGCACAUCAGAGAAUUCACACAGGUAGGAAGCCCUAUGAAUGCAGUGACUGUGAGAAAACCUUUACCCAUAAUUCAGCCCUCAGAGUACAUCAGAGGAUUCAGACAGGGGAGAAACCUUAUGAGUGUAAUGAAUAUGAGAAAAAUUUUACCCGCAAUUCAGUGCUUAGAGCACAUCAGAAAACUCACACAGGGGAGAAACCCUAUGAAUGUAAUGAAUGUGGGAAAACUUUCACUGAGAAGUCAUAUGUUUGUGCAUGUCAGAGAGUUCACACAGGAGAGAAACCCUAUGAAUCAAAUAUAUUUGGGAAAGCAUUUGCCCUUAACUCAUCCCUUAGAGUGCAUCAGAGAAUUCACACAGGUGUAAAAUCCUAUGAAUGUGAUGAAUGUGGGAAAACUUUCUCCCGGAAGUCACACCUUAGUGCACAUCAGAGGACUCACACAGGGGAGAAACCCUAUGAAUGUAAUGAAUGUGGGAAAACUUUCUCCCGGAAGUCACACCUUAGUGCACACCAGAGGACUCACACGGGGGAGAAACCCUAUGAAUGUAAUGAAUGUGGGAAAACAUUUGCCUUUAACUCAAAACUUAGAGUGCAUCAGAGAAUUCACACAGGUGUGAAACCCUAUGGAUGUGAUGAAUGUGGGAAAACUUUCUCCCGGAAGUCAAACCUUAGUGGACACCAGAGGACUCACACGGGGGAGAAACCCUAUGAAUGUAAUGAAUGUGGGGAAACAUUUGCCUUUAACUCAAAACUUAGAGUGCAUCAGAGAAUUCACACAGGUGUGAAACCCUAUGGAUGUGAUGAAUGUGGGAAAACUUUCUCCCGGAAGUCAAACCUUAGUGUACACCAGAGGACUCACACAGGGGAGAAACCCUAUGAAUGUAAUGAAUGUGGGAAAACUUUCUCACAGAAGUCAGAAGUUACGGCACACCAGAGGACUCACACAGGGGAGAAACCCUAUGAAUGUAAUACAUGUGGAAAAACAUUUGCCCUUAACUCAUACCUUAGAGUGCAUCAGAGAAUUCACACAGGUGUGAAACCCUAUAGAUGUAAUGAAUGUGGGAAAGUUUUCUCCCGGAAGUCACACCUUCGUGUACACCAGAGGACUCACACAGGGGACAAACCCUGUGAAUGUAAUGAAUGUGGGAAAACUUUCUCCCGCAAGUCACAACUUAGUGAACACCAGAGGACUCACACAGGGCAGAAACCCUAUGAAUGUAAUGAAUGUGGGAAAACUUUAUCCCAGAAGUCACAACUUAUUCUACACCAGAGGACUCACACAGGGGAGAAACCCUAUGAAUGUAAUGAAUGUGGGAAAACUUUCUCAUGGAAGUCAGAAGUUAGGACACACCAGAGGACUCACACAGGGGAGAAACCCUAUGAAUGUAAUAUAUGUGGGAAAACAUUUGCCCUUAACUCAUACCUUAGAGUGCAUCAGAGAAUUCACACAGGUGUGAAACCCUAUGGAUGUGAUGAAUGUGGGAAAACUUUCUCCUGGAAGUCACAGCUUAGUGGACACCAGAGGACUCACACAGGGGAGAAACCCUAUGAAUGUAAUGAAUGUGGGAGAACUUUCUCUGCUAAGUCAUAUGCUAAUGCACAUCAGAGAGUUCACACGGAGAAACCCUAUGAAUGUAAUAUAUGUGGGAAACCAUUUGCCCGUAACUCAUCCCUUAGAAUGCAUCAGAGAAUUCACACAGGUGUGAAACCCUAUGGAUGUAAUGAAUGUGGGAAAACUUUCUCCCAAAAGUCAUACCUCAAUGCACACCAGAGGACUCACACAGGGGAAAAACCCUAUGAGUGUAAUGAAUGUGGGAAAGGUUUUGCCCAACUCUCAAAUCUCAGAGUACACCAGAGAAUUCACACCGGGGAGAAACCCUAUGAAUGUGGUGAAUGUGGGAAAAUUUUUGUUUCUAAGGCAGCUCUUAGAGUACAUCACAUCAGAAUGCAUACCAGAGAGAAAACCCUAACCCAUCAUGAAUUUGAGAAGUCCUGAAUUAACUCAUACCUUAUUUUAUACCACACAGCAGAGAAACUCUUGUCAUGUAUACUGGAAAAUUGUUUUCCUUAACAUUUUCCUUUUCCACUAGGCUCAUAUCUUGUUGAAAAUCCCAAUCUUAUUCAUCCAGGUGGGCUGACCAAAGAAUAUGAUGCUAAUGAUAUAUAUUACAUUUAGUCCUGGCCCUUAAGCAUCUUAUAGUCUUCCUAGUCCAUGGUAAGAUGGGAUUAAGAUGAUUUCCACAGCAAGUUGGCUUUUGUGUGUUGAAUGUGGUGGAGCGCAGGGUCAAAGGAAGCUAGAGUCUGGAUAACAGCUUGGAAUAUAAUUCUCUGCUUCCAGAUCUUCAUCAGUUGUUUGUUUUCAAGCAAGAAUUAAAUUUGUUUUCCAUUGAGCUCUCUGAUUUGACCUAUUAGUUAAAUGCAUUGUUUUGCUGUCUCUCUAUUAGACUGGGAUGAAAUCCUAUUAACAUAAUACAUUUCAGAAGAACUAUUAGAAAUCAGUUUUAUUGUAUAUCAGAGACUUCACAUGAAGAAGAAAAUUGCCAACAUCCUGAAUGAUCAGAAGCCUUCACUAAAGUCAGAGACAUUUCAGGGAAAACCACAAAAGCCUUCAAAACAAAAUUAAUUGCAUUAAACAUCAAAUAAAUAGGAUACAAUUUUAUAUUUUGAAUAAAUGAUUUUUAACAAAUAUUGAAUGCUUUUGGAAAUUUCUUUCCUGAGGAAGUGUCAGUUUCAGAAUUGAAGAAAAUAAAAUCUUCACCUACAAAAACAUCUGUUUAUGUAAUAUCAAAAAAUUAUAGAAAAAAGAUAAGAAAAUGCCUAUAGACAAACUCACUUUAGAAUGUGAAGUUUUUUUAAAUAGAGGAAUAGCUUAAAUUCUGUGGAUAACACCAAUAAAUAUUUAUGAAAAGUCA